ACUGACAAAUCAGCACCGAGAUUGUUAAACUUGGAAAUUGAUGUUUGGCAUUUCGGUUUGAAAAGAUGUCGCUCAAUCGGGGCAUCGGCAAUGUGGAGUACAUGAAAAAAAGGAUACCGAAAAACGCUAAGUAUCAACAUGUCAGAACGAGGCUGGACACAGGAUGCAGCCUUACAAAGUAUAUGGAAAAAUUGGAGGAGAUCAAAAAAAAUUAUAGGUAUCGAAAAGAUGAAAUCUUCAAGCGGUUAAAGGUGACAACGUUUGCACAACUGAUACUUCAGGUAGCCUCCGUUUCAGACCUGAAUGAAAGUGAUGACGGCGAAUCACACGGCCCAGAAGACGGUCUGUCAGUGGUGUCUGAUGCAGACCUAGAGUGUCUGUCUGAACACACCAAUGGCUCCCCUCAGGCAUCACCUGUUUCAGAUCGCCAGGAUGCAGGAGACACCAGGGAAAACUGCUACACUGCCAGAUCAACACUGCUAAGUGUUAUUAGUGGCGUGGGAGAGUUGAAUCUCGAAAGGAACAAUCACAACAUGGAGUCUCUGUUUAAACCUGAGCCGGCUGACAGGCCCUACACAGACUGCCCUUACCUGCUGCUGGACGUACGGGACCGUGACCAAUACGACCACUGCCACAUCAUCAGCGCACACAGUUUUCCCAUUGCCAUGCUAUCUCGAACAAUGAACCCCUACACCAAAGAAGUGCUGGCAUAUAAAAAUGCAGCUGGGAAGAUCAUCAUCGUGUAUGAUGAGGAUGAGAGAAUAGCCAGCCAGGCGGCCACAACCAUGUGUGAACGAGGAUUUGAGAAUCUGUUUAUGCUGUCUGGAGGUCUCAAGGUAAUCGGUCAGAAAUUUCCAGAAGGGCUAACAACAGGCUCCAUCCCGCCUUCAUGCUUGUCCUCUCCUGCAUCAGUGAAGAGGAAGAAGAGCUCUGUGCCGCAGCAGCCAUCACAGGCAGCAGAGCAAAGGUGGCGGUUUACAUCGGACGAGCUCGCCAAGGUCCAGGAGCAGAUGGAAGAGAUGCUGAUCUCCAGUAACUCCAACAGCCGCAUGUCCAGCCGUAUAUCAACCAGCAGCUCCCAGUCUAAAGCGUCCAGCGCUCGGAGACGACAGAGUUCCUCUACAACUGGGAGGGACAGCGCCAGGGUUCAGAGCAGUAGACCGUGGAAAUAACUCUAUCUCCCCCUUGUUAACCACACAGAUAAACAAACAAACAAACAAACAAACAUACCUCUAACAAGUCCAUUUAUUUUAGGUUACAUUUCUCUGCUCCAUAAAGAGACACACAUCUGAUACCAGUCUACAAAAUAAUCCUACAUAUGUAUACAGACAUGUGUAGGAUUAUUAGUUUCCAAUAUUGGAAAUUACACACACCUUGGGAAAAGUAAUUAACACCACACAGAAACAAUAACCAAAAUCAUUCAAACUCAAAUUAAGAUCCAUGGAUAGAACAUUAUCACAUUUACAAAUGAAAAACAUGUUCGUACAAAAGGAACUUUAAUUUCAGACUCAUUGGUAACCAGUGUAAUACUGCACUCUUCACCUCUGGAUUUAUAUGAAACUGUAGCAUUUUCCCCUUAAUGUUUUUGGUUGAUAAUAUAUGUAAUAAAUUGUUUAUAUUUGAAUGUUGCCUCAUCUGUGAACCUGAAAGCUGAUGGAUCUUUUUGCACUCAAAUGAAUUUUUCAUGUAACACUAUUCUCACCUGUUGUUUUUCACCAGCUGAUGAACCUGUGCAGAUUCACACCGUGGAUAUAAUAGUUUGCUUUUUUAACGUUAUGUCUAAAAAUGUCCUGUUUAGCUCCAUCAGUAUGACAGCCACCAAAUAAAUGACAUUCCUAAAAAUCAUACAAUUUCUUUUUGCUGGAGACAGAAUAUUUGAAUGUUGAUCUGACAGAAAGGAUAUUCUGGAAGGAAUCUUUGUAUUACAUAAGAUGUCAUUUAGAUAAAUAAUGUUACAGAGCUUGAUCCAUUUUGUAAAAUUAAGAAACGUGCUGUAUUUUUGUCAUUUUCUCCAUGUUGUCAUGGUGUCUUAUUGUGAUUCCUGAACUGAAAGUGUAUCAACAGCCUUUAUGUGCAACGUUUUCGUCCGCUUAUGCUGUUACUUGACUGAUUUUAUUUGUGUGUGUCUGUGUCUGCGUGUGUGUGUCUGCAUCAAAGUACUGUAGAUUGUGAUCAUUACACAAACAGAUUGGUUGAAACCUUCAUACAAAUUUCAUAAUACAAAAUGUCAUAAUACAAAAUUGCUGUGUCACUAAAGGAAGGAAAUGGGCAUUUUUUCAUAGCUGUAACCCACAGUUGCAUUUGAAAAACAGUAUUGCUAAUAUCCUGUUUUGUUAGCAUGGUAAUGACUGGCAUGGUUCUUGGUCAACUUUCCCUGGUUACACUAACACGGCCUAUGAAUGAAAAUGGAAUGACUGCAGCUCUUUUUUUUUUUUUUGAUUAAUCAUAUUUCACCAUCAGUCUUAACUGACAUUAACGAUCUGAUCACAUGAUUUGUUUGUAAAUGAAUGUCAAAUAAAGUGUAAAGUGCUGUAG